GAAGCUCUUCUUUGAGAUGGCAGACCGCCUGGCGGAGGACGGCUGGAGGGACCUGGGCUACAAGUACGUCAACAUCGAUGACUGCUGGUCAGCCAAGCAGCGGGAUGCGGCAGGACGGCUGGUUCCCGACCCCGAGAGGUUUCCCAGCGGGAUUAAGGCUCUGGCUGACUACGUCCACUCCCGGGGCCUGAAGCUGGGCAUUUACGGCGACCUGGGCACCCACACCUGCGGGGGCUACCCGGGCACCACACUGGACCGCGUGGAGCAGGAUGCCCAGAGCUUUGCGGAGUGGGGUGUGGACAUGCUGAAGCUGGAUGGGUGCUACUCGUCGGGAGAGGAGCAGGCGAAGGGCUACCCAGAAAUGGCGAGGGCAUUGAACGCCACAGGCCGCCCGAUUGUCUACUCCUGCAGCUGGCCAGCGUAUCAGGGGGGGCUUCCGCCCAAGGUGAACUACACCAUCCUGGCAGAGGUCUGCAACCUGUGGCGUAACUACGACGACAUCCAGGACUCCUGGGACAGCGUGCUCUCCAUCCUGGACUGGUUCUCCGCAAACCAGGACGUGCUGCAGCCGGCAGCUGGCCCCGGGCACUGGAAUGACCCGGACAUGCUCAUCAUUGGAAACUUCGGCCUUAGCCACGAGCAGUCACGCUCCCAAAUGGCCUUGUGGACAGUGAUGGCAGCUCCACUCCUCAUGUCCACGGAUCUCCGCACCAUCUCCGCGAGCGCCAAGGAGAUCCUGCAGAACCGCCUGAUGAUCCAGAUCAACCAGGACCCUCUGGGAAUCCAGGGGCGCAGGAUUGUCAAGGAGAAAUCCCACAUCGAGGUGUUCCUGCGCCCGCUGUCCCAGGCUGCCAGCGCGCUCGUCUUCUUCAGCCGGAGGACAGAUAUGCCCUUCCUCUACACCACCAGCCUGGCCAAGCUCCACUUCCCCGAGGACGCCAUGUAUGAGGUACAAGACGUGUACAGCGGGAAGACCAUCAGCGGCUUGAAGACAGGAGACGCCUUCUCGGUCGUUAUAAACCCCUCGGGGGUGGUGAUGUGGUAUCUCCGUCCCACGGCGAUCCCGGCACAGCCCUGGCACGUUGUCAGGCAGCGAGCCCCCGGCGAGGGUUUCCGCCCGGUCCUCCUGUGA